AUGCGUUCCGAUACGCUCACUUCAACCGUUCUACUCGCAUUGCUGGCUGAGGUUAGCUCUGCAAGAAGUGUGAACACAAUCAUUGAGGCGUCAUCCAUUGCCGGUGCAGUUGCCUCAGAUGCUUACCCUCCUACUGGUAAGUCCAAAGUAAGAUACCCAGGCCCCACGCCUACGGGAGAGGAGCCAGCUGCUAUCGAAACUGCUCCAAUCUAUCCUUAUAAUCAUGGACCUUCGGAUAGUUUCCCGCUUGUUGCAGCGCAGCCUUGGGGAGCGAGCAAAUUUGACAAGAAAAUCGACAUAACUAAGUAUUGGGGCAAUCUUUCUCCCUGGUAUUCUGUUUCUUCUGCGGAUUACGGCCUUCCCAAUGCCAGCCCAUUGAUUCCUGAUGGCUGUAAUCUUGUCCAAUUGCAUCUUCUUUACCGUCACGGUGCUCGAUAUCCCACCAGCGGCGCCGCUCCGGCUACCUUUGCUCAAAAAGUCCACAACGCGACCCUAGCAGAGGGAUUCAACGUCACCGGAGAGCUGUCUUUCCUAUCCAGCUGGACUUAUAAGCUCGGUGCAGAGCUGCUGACUCCCUUUGGCCGCAGCCAAAACUUCAAUCUCGGAGUGGCAUAUCGUCAAUUGUAUGGCCACCUUCUGAACAACUUCACCGCCACUAACACGAUUCCCGUCUUCCGCACUGAAUCGCAGGACCGUAUGGUUAAGACUGCUGAAAACUUUGCUGCUGGCUUCUUUGGCGUGCCGGAGUAUUUGAACCAAGUCAACAUCGAGAUUCUCGUAGAGACCCCUGGCCUCAACAACUCGGGUGCUCCGUAUGAAGUGUGCAAUAAUUCCAAUAUUGCCAGCCGCGGAAGCAUUGGAUCUACCGUCGCAACGAAAUUUGCCGCAAAUGCGUUCAACAGCACGAUUGCUCGCCUACAGUCUCAAAUCCUUGGGCUGAACCUGACUGCUACCGAUGCUAUCGCUAUGCUUCAGCUAUGCUCUUACGAAACUCAUGCUCUAGGAUACUCAGCUUUCUGUAAUCUCUUCACUGAAGAAGAUUUCCUAAACUACGAAUACUACUAUGAUCUGUCCUUCUACUAUAACAAUGGCCCCGGAUCUCCAGUUGCCGCUGCCCAGGGCAAAGGCUAUCUCCAAGAAUUUGUUGCCCGCUUCACGCACUCAUUUCCCACAGCUGACUCGGCUUUGAACCUCACUUAUGACGACAACAAAACUUAUUUCCCGUUGAACCAGUCUAUCUAUGCCGAUGCGACUCACGAAGUCGUUGUCCUUGACACUCUCACCGCGUUCAACCUGACCAGACUAUUCCAAGGCCCGCCAUUGAGCCUCAAGAUUGUUCCUUUUGCCACUCACUUCACCACCCAGAUCUUGGAAUGCCCAGCGCUCAAGCCUACUAGACAGAUCCGAUUCUUGGUUAACGAUGCUGUCGUUCCCAUCUCAGAUUCUUAUCACGGAUGCCCAAAGAGCGCCGAUGGACUUUGCUCUUUCGACCAUGUUGUGUCAGUUCUUCAGAAGCGAAUUGACGAGAUUGACUUUGACUAUGACUGCUUCGCCAAUUACACGGCGGAGGCAGGAGUUGAUUACAAUGGACGAGCACCGAGAAAGUGA